CUGGGCUUUACAGUGUUUUUUAUAACAACUGUUUUGUGACUAACAAUGCUGCUGUUAUACACGACGGCUUAAGAAAAAUUAAAAUGUUUAAAACAUUGAUAUAGAAAAAGUAGUGAAAUAGGCAUUUGUUUUCAUAGGAAUAUAAUAUAUCUUGAUAUAUAUUAGUACCAAAGUUGUAAGUUUAAGGAGAUUUCUGUUUUACGGACGUCAUGAGGUCUUGAGAAUUAUUUUUUCGCAUCUGCACUUUCGUUAUAAAUCACACUUCUUGAUUUACUCGUCCUUAUCACAAUUUAUCAGUCAUAACACUAGUACAUUUACGGUUACGUAUCAGCAGAAGAGCAAAACAACAGAAGUGAACAAAAUGUACGGAAGAAACCUUAAACUCAACAUGUUGUUCUGUUUUUAUCCUGCAGGGCGCGCGCUGGGCUUCACAAGUUUGCCACUCACUCUCAAAUCUAACAUAAAACCAUAAUCAAUAGUUAUCCACAGGCAAUCAUAUAGUGAUUCUGGAUAUUUUCUACACAAGUCAUCAAAUUCUUUUCAUUUUGUUUCAUUUGUUUGUUGUUUGUAGCCUAACCUUACGACAAAACGUUAUUCGCUAAAAUCUCUUAGUCUUAUUCAAUUGAAUUCCAGCAGUCAUCGUCAAAUUUAAAACAACAAAUAUCAGAGCCGUUGAAAACAGAGUUGCGACACAAUUUGAGCUCGUGGUCAGUUAGUUCACAGAGCGCUAAACAGUUCACAACAAAUCCGUGCUGUCAACCUAUUUGAAUAGCUUUAAGCUGGACAUUCAACAGCAAGCAUAUUUGCAUAUUUUUUGCCAAAUAUAAUAGCAUAUUUUGUACACUGAAUACGAUGUUGACUACAUUUAAUGUAUCAUUUUGUCUGGGGAGUAAUAUGAAUAUAAUCUAUAAAUAUAAGAACUAUGAAUACAAGAUAUGUCCGCCAACUUGUUAAAAAGAACGUUGAAAUGAAUGGGCUUGAGUGCAGUGUUUGGAACUAUUGGUCACUUCAUGAGUACGGAUGUGUAUGCGUGUGUCGUGACUCUGUUUUUCAGCGUCUCUGACAAAUAACAAUUCUCCUUGACCAAUCAGAGAGCGCCUGCGCAAUUAAUGCCUGCCCACUUAAAAACGAUGCACUUAUUCCUUUCCACGAGGAAACUCUUGUAUUUUAAACAGGCGAACGUGCGAUGAUCUGAUUCUGUUAUCGUUUAUUUUCUGUUUUGAACUCCAACACACAUCAGCGUUCAGGUGCAUUAAACUGAGAAUUGUGGCAGAAAUGUCGCACUGUUCUUUCCCGACGCAGUUCGGGUCUAUCAUGGAUCUUCUGUCGCAAGCGGCGCUUGCAGAAAUCCAGCGACGCGUGGACGACAGAUGCGCGCUCGUGCGGAAGGACAUUGACGCUUUGAAGAGGAAGUGCGUCAUGAUGGAGAUCGAGAUGAGGAGAGUCAAAGGUCGAUUUAGGAGGAGAGUUUGGAUCAGUGGAACAUCAGAUCGCUGUACUACAUCACUCAAGAGCGGCCGUGUGAUCACGAGUCAACAACAUCCAACCAAUCCACAACACAUUCACAACAUACAAGAGGUGCUUCAGGUUCUGAAUGAUGAAUGUCAAGAUAUCAAAGAAGAAAGAGAUGAUGAUAGAGAUGUUGCAUUUGAGCGCAUCCCACCUCAGGAGAACGCAGCGAGUUCAAUAUCUCAGUUUGAAGAUCCAGAGGUCCAAAACGCACUGUUUCUACUCUCGCGGACAUGCACCCAACCGUCAGAGCAGCUGAAACUUGAGGAAGAGUGUCUGAGACUCCAAGUUGGAAAAGAUAUCAAAGAAGAAGAGGAAACUUCCAGAGAUCCUCUCAGUUAUGCCCCGCUGUGACCAUCUGUCCCAGAAGCAACUUGUCCUUCACCAAACUCAACUGUCCUGUCACAAACCAACAGAAAUCAAUAGCAUCCCACUGAGAGAGCACAGAAGGAAUCUUCCAAGUCUAUACAGGUCAGCGCUAAAGAGCCGAACACGAGCGCCUGGUGUUGUGAGGUCACGCAGGAUCCGGGUCACGUGUCCACAAACACAUUUCCAGCAUACGGGGCUCGCGGGACGCCCAGUGGUGCACACAGGAUCCAAACUAUCUGCCGCUCGACUGUGGACGCAGUACAACGGUUUAGCUGCUGGUUCUGUGCCAAGACUUUCAAGAGAUGCGAUCAGCUGAAGGAACAUCUGCGCAGUCACUCGGGCGAGAAACCGUUCAUGUGCGUCCAGUGCGGCCACAGUUUCACCAAACACAGCAACUUAACCCGACAUGCGGUGGUGCACAGCGGCGAGAAGCCCUUCCAAUGCCUUCAGUGCGGAAUUUUUUUUACACGGCGCUGCAAUCUGUUGUCACAUCAGAGGAUCCAUUCAGGUAACAUCACUUGACGUUCUCAAUGCACAUUCCUAGCCAUCGCCAUCAUCCUCGUCGUGAGAUCAAAUACAUUUUUUUCAACGAGACUGAAAGGACAAACGUCAUUUUCAUCGUCGCUGGAAAGCAUGAGUAUGUUGCCAAUGUUACAAUGACUGGAGCUGAAUUCAUCAUUUCACUUUCCGGUUGUGUUUUGGUAUUUUGUUCCAGAUUGCAUUGGAUGUUAUGUUUGUAAUUCAUUCAUUUAUGGUUUGUCUGCGUGGAUGAAUUAAACGAUAACGAAGAAAUGGUUCAUUUUGUAUUUGAAGAACGGUUUGAAAAUCUUUGGAAAAUGAAAGCGGAAACCAGUCUGAGCCAUAUUCGCAGGAGACAAGUAUUACCUUGGGACCUCCUGUGGUUUAGAAAUGACCUCCAUUAGCACGAGAUAAGUGAAACCUUUGAUUUUAGUCAAAUUUACUGAUUAUUUCCCGUAGAUGAUGGCAAGGCUUUGCGUAUAUAGUUUGUACAGUCUCACCACAGAAGUAUUGCACGGUUCCUUUUUAAGAUAUAACAAUCAAAAGCCCUGAGUUUCAGUCCUUACAUCAUGGUCAGUUGAUUUAGAUGUGUCAAAUCAAUCGAAAAAUCACGAAAAUAUAAGUUUACUCUCAAAUCUGUACGGUUUUAAAAACAUUAAAAAAAACCGCUAAUCUAAUGUGUUAGAAGUGAGGUAAAACGAAACUUAAAAAAAAAAAUGACGGGAGUGCGCGACUGAGCGACGUUUACCAGUUCAGACAAUUUUUACAAUAAAAAAUAACCAUCAGGGAAAUUUUACUUUCUGUUUGUAAUAAACAAGGGAACAUUACUUUCUGUUUUUUUUAACUUGAAACCUUUUUUUUAUUUGAAACCUGAAAAGAACAAUCUUAGAAUGUUUUUUUGGGGAACCAAAACUAACCUUAGAGGAACGUUCUGUGUUUACUGGGAUGUGUGUGACAGUUAAUGACCACAAUGUUGUCUAGGCAACAGGCCACUUCCUCUUCCUGUUAGUAUGUCCCAGUGCUGCAUACAGAUUUGCUGCACACUAAAAUGUAAAUACUUUUCCACAACAAAAACAGCACAAACUUUUAGUGCAUAUAGGCAAAUUAUGAUGCAGCAACAGUUUUACAUCUUGGUGUAAAUCAGCUGGACCUGAUCAUACAUUAAUAAACAUGAUUUUAAAAAAGAAAACAUCAUUGUAAGAGGAAAGAUAAAACUGAAAAAAGGAAAUUGUAGCAGAAAACAUCACACUGUCAGAUGAUGAAAGAAAGAUGCAUUUUGAAUUUGGCUAACAUAGAAGGUGUUCUUACAUGGAUUGACAGAUUGUCAUGAAGGACUGUUUCAUGGUCUGUGUGAUCUAGAUGGAUUGUGAACAAGUAUGAAGGAGCCCAGGAAGAACACACCCUUAACAGUGAGCAGAAUGUCAUUAAAGUCUUAAACCUUUCAUAAGAUCUGCUGUACUGUUGAGUAGAUGAGAACAUCGUUCCAAUCAGACAUGAGUUUCCUUUCAUGUGUGAACUUUGGGGUGAACAGAUGUCUGACAUGAGAUGGAGAUGAAAAGUCUGUGAGGGGUCAAUUACACUAUAUUGCUAGUGCAUUGUCUGAUCUAUGUGUUAAAGUCAUUCAUAUUAUUGGAUAUAAAACUUCUGGCUUCAAAAGUAUUCACCACUUGUUCCUUAUUUGUUUCUUCUGUUAAUUGUGUUACUCCUGCUGUAAAUUUCUGGAAUAAAUCACCCAAGUUACUUCUA